AUGUCCAUGUUCCGCUCUGCAGCGGAUAUCUCAUCGUCCGAUCCAGAGUCUAGCUCGGAGGACUAUGGAAGUGACAAUGAUAAUCUGUCAGAAAUCCAUGUCGACGCCAAUGAAUUCGCAGCUCCGCCCUCGGCCAGUUUAGAUGAGCUACUCCUGGAGGACGACUACGACAUCCCUACUCCAAGCCGCCUUGAGCCAGGAAACGUGCUUGGAGGGGCCUUGGAUCUGGACGCUGAUGGGCAUGCAUCUGUCAUGACAUCUGCCUUGCUGGAGUUCUUUUGUCUCAGUCGUGCUGCGGAUAUCCUCAAUGCACAGCCUGGAUCAUAUGGUCAAUUUACACGUGACUCUGUGGAAACCAAGCAACUUGCGAAGAAAAUGUUUCGUUAUAAGUCGCAAUUUUUGUCGAAUCAUGGCAUUGUAGCUGGUGGUAUUGAAGAUGACGACUGGGAUAAGAUUCGCCAAUAUUAUCGUGACAAUCUGGAUAUGCUUGGGAAUGCAGCCAUUGGCGACACGGCGAAUAUAGGCCAUGUCCCUGGAAGACAUGUCUCUCAAGGAGAAACGAAUGAUGUUGUUCGUGAUACGUUGGCAACUCAGUCACUCAUUCCCACUUCAAGGUACUAUCAAGGGAGUACUGAGCCUGGCCCUUCGUAUAAUAACGAAUGGAACAUACAAAAACGCAAGCCGGUCUCUGCUCCUGGCUACCAUGGGCAUUCCGAGGGUUUCCUUCAUUUGAACAACUUGCUACGAUCGCCUCAAUCACCCGGGGGUGAUAACAUGGGGUCUAUGGCGUUAGUUAGCACCAAAGUCGAACACCCACUCGAUCGUACGUCGCGAUAUGCAUCGGAGUUUGUGGAGGUAAGACUUUUGGGUCGCGGCUCUUUUGGACAGGUUUUCGAAGUAAAACAUCAUGUGGAUGGCCAGAGCUAUGCAGUGAAGAAGAUACCGCUGAGCAAGUGGAGACUAGAAAUGCUAAAGCAAGAAGGCGUGCAGCAUCUGGAGCACAUUUUGAAAGAAAUCAGGACGUUGGCUCGCCUGGAACAUAAGAAUGUUGUUCGCUACUUCGGCGCUUGGAUUGAAGAGAGACAUGCGUAUCCGGAAAGCGAAGCGUUGGAUCAAGGAGAAGAGAUGCAUAUGACAUUGGAAUCGCCUAAACGCGACGAUCCUGCGGAAGAGGAUCAGAGUUUUGGGAUUGUUUUUGGCCUGUCUAGCAACGACGGCGAGGAUGAUCACAAUAAGCACAGCAGCGACAGCAAUAACAAUAGGAGAUCGUAUUCUCACAGUCAAGAAGUCGGCUCCUGGUCUGAUCCUCACCAGCGUCGAGGUAGCCGCUUCACAAACGCGUCUUCGCUGUCGAAGAAGAGCAUAGCAAUCAGUAGUGAAGACGAAGAUGAGGACGUCGAGUCUAUUCAGCGCAAUUUCAGUAUCCCGAAAGCCGGAGUUCUCUCCCACGAUUACACUUCAACCUGGGAUCCUACCGACACCGAUAUUUUCACUAAUGACAUGAGCGACGACCAAUCAAAGCUCCAGCUUACACGCCGCGAUAAACCACAAAAUCAGACGGUUGUUCUUCAUAUCCAGAUGUCGCUACAUCCGCUUACCCUCAGCACGCUCCUUAAUCCCAGGCACGGCAAUUACAAUAAUAUCGGCCGUCCGCCCUUGGUGCGACAUUGCUUUCACCUUCUGCCUUCUUUGAGAAUAUUACUUGGCAUACUGUCGGGAGUAGAGUAUCUCCAUUCCAAAGGGAUAGUUCAUCGUGACCUGAAACCGGCCAACAUAUUCCUCUCAACACGUGAAGACGACGAGGAUAUCUGCCAUUCAUGCCACGGCACAAAUAGUGGACGCAUUGCCCGUCAAUACCGUCCUCGCAUAGGUGAUUUCGGACUUGUUGCAGAUAUUUCUCAUUGCACCGAGAUGCAGGCUUCCGAUGAUGGCGUAGUCACCGUACAGAAGAGUACGGCAGAACAUAGGAGAUUUCGACACGUCGGUACGGAAUUCUACUAUCCACCGAAGAAACCCCAAGCAUCUACCCCCGGUCAGGAAUCGAGUGACUACUCUGCGAUAAAUGAGAAGCUAGAUGUGUUUGCAUUGGGCGUGAUUUUGUUUGAGCUUCUCUAUCGUCUGGAUACGAAAAUGGAGCGACAGCUUGUUUUGUCCGAGCUCACUCGCCGGGGCCUGCAGGAUGGCAUUGUCAGAAUCCCGCACGACUUUGAAGAUAAGAUUGAUUGUGGCAGGGUGAAGUUGGCUAAUGGCAUGUCAGUGGCUAGAUCAGUGUCGACUUGUAUUAAAGGAAUGCUUGAGCCCGACACUCAGAGACGAUGGACUUGUAAAGAUGUUCGCAAGUCCCUGCAAGAGAUAGUUUUGCUGAUAGAGAAGGAGCCCUUUCUUCGAAAGUAA